GUUGUCAUGGCUAUUGAAGCAGCCCGUCAGCUUGCGGAAGAGAACGCCGCAGAGGAGGUUUACGGAUACGAACUCCGCGAUGUUGCUAUUGACACUGCCCUGAGAGUGCCGGACACCGACAAGGGCAUCGAGGUGAUGAUCCAACUGCACCCUCGUCGCACUGGUACUAAGGCUGGCCCUUCAGCUACCCUCAACGAGUUCGCUGUUUCUUCUUGGUCGGAAGACAUCAAGGAGUGGACGGUGCAUGCGCGAGGGCUGGUCUCUGUCACUUACAAAUCGUCUCUCUCUCCGGCCAUGCAGCGCGAGCUGGCCCUUGAGAACAAGCGCUACGCGCAAACCUUUGCCGAAGCCAAAGAGAUCUGCCAGAAGCCUGCAAGAAGCUUUCUUUACGACACUGUUGAGACCAUUGGCAUGCAGUAUGGUCCGACUUUCCGCAACAUGACCGAGCUUUUUGCUGGACCCAGUGCAAGCUACGGUAUCAUUAGUGUGCCGGAUACCAAGGCUAUCAUGCCCAAAGGUUUCGAAUACCCGUUCGUGGUUCACCCAGCGACCCUUGACUCUGUGCUGCAUCUUCUCUUCCCUUCCAUCAGUGGAGAGGACCAGUCUCUCAGCGAAGCAGUUGUGCCAUUCUCGUUUGAUAGGAUCUUUGUCUCUGCGAAACUCUCCACAGUCCCUGGCACCAAGCUUCAUGGAUGCUCCACAGCCCAGAAGACCAGCUACACCACUUGGAAGUCCUCCAUCACCAUCUCCGAGAAUCUCUCUGAGCCCAUGAUUAUCAUGGAUGGGCUAUCUUUGGCUUCUGUUGGAGAGGGAGAUGUAUCUCAGGCUCAAGAGACGAGGGCCUCUUGCUUCGGGCAGACUUGGCACGAAGACUCGGACUUGCUGGAGCCCUCGCAGAUCAAGGAGCUUGUCUACAAACGUACCCUCAAGAGCAAGGAUGACGACUCAGUUCUUGACAAGCUUGAGUACGUCUGCCUUGUUCACAUUUACCGCUGCCUCACCUGGCUUGAAAGUGAGGAGGGCAAAGCUUUCGUACCCCAAGAGGGCUUCUGGAAGUCUUAUGUCGAGUGGAUGCACGAUACUAUCAAGCAAUUCCCUCCUCUUGCUGAAAAUGAGGGGGAAGUCGAUGCCGAGCUUGAAGCCGCGCGCAAGAGAAUCGUUCUGUCUGAGAGUGGCGACAUAACGGUGCAGAUGGUCGACCGCAUCGGAGAGAAUCUGAGCAAGAUCUUCUCUCGCGCAGUCGAGCCGUUGCAGGUCAUGACCGAGGGUGAUCUUUUGUACUCCUUCUACCGUGGUGCCUUUGGAACCAGCUUCAACACCAAUGUAGCAGAGUACGUUGGCUUGAUCGCCGACAAGAGACCCGGUGUCAACAUCCUGGAAAUUGGUGCUGGCACCGGUGGCACCACGUACCACGUCCUGGAGCGCCUCCGCAAUGCCGAUGGAACUUCCAAGGCGGCGAAGUAUUGCUUCACAGACAUCUCACCGGGAUUCUUGGCUAAGGCGGCCGACCGCUUCUCGACUGACGCAUCCAUCAUGGAGUUCACCACUCUCAACAUCGAAAACGAGCCCACCGAGCAGGGCUUCACGCCCGAGAGCUACGACCUCAUUGUCUGCGCCAACGUACUUCACGCCACCAAGAGUAUUCAAGAGACACUCGCCCACUGCAAGUCGCUCCUCAAGCCUGGCGGUCGUCUUGUGCUCUCUGAGGUUACGAUCAAGCGCAUCUUCAGUGGCUUCAUCAUGGGCCCCCUUCCUGGAUGGUGGCUUGGCGAGGAAGACGGGCGCACGGGUGGUCCCCUCCUGGAUGUCGAGGAGUGGAACACUGCACUGAACCUGGCCGGCUUUUCGGGUGUCGAUGUCGACAUUCGCGGCGAUCGCGAGGCUUCCAAGGAGCCAGUCUCCUUGAUCAUCUCGACGAAGCCAGAGAAGCAGGUGUCUGCCUCCUCUCAAUUUGUCGUUGUCAGCACAGGCUCCGGGCUAUCUGAAAAGCUGGCACAGUCUAUCAAAGAGCAUUUUGUUUCUACUGGUCUAGAUGUAUCGAUCGCUCAAUGGAACGAGGCCUUAGAGAGCCAGGUCGACGGAAAGUACUGUCUCUGCCUCGCGGAGUGGGAGAACUCCAUCCUUGCCAAUCUCACGGAUGGAGACUGGGAGAAGUUACGUCAAGUGAUUCUUGGCUCCGCCGGAACCCUCUGGAUCACUGGCGGUGCUGCAAUGGAAUGUUCUGAGCCGAUGAAGUCGUUGAUGGUUGGCCUUUCAAGAGCCAUUCGCAACGAGGACGCAGGCGUCCGGCUAGCUACCCUCGACUUGGAGACAGCUAGCAACAUCAACUUCGAAGAAGCUGCCAGAAACGUCCUCAAGGUGGCUCUAAGCCACAGUCGUGGCGACGGCUUUGACGGCGAAUUCGCUGCUCGCGGCAGCACCGUCUACAUUCCGAGAGUUGAGAGAACUCUCAAUGUCGAUGGCUCUCUUCGCAAGUAUGAAGCCAAGGGACAACCGGAGCUCGUCUCGUUCAAGGGAUGCGGAAGGCCUCUGAAGCUCACCAUCAAGACACCUGGUCUUCUCGAUACCUUCAGAUGGGAAGAGGAUGAGACUUACUAUCAGCCUAUGCCUGAGGACUGGAUCGAAGUCGAGGUCAAGGCAGUGGGUCUCAACUUCAAGGAUGUACUCGUUGCUUUGGGCAACCUCGCCGAGAACAAGCUCGGAGUCGAUGCAUCUGGAGUCGUCACUCGCGUCGGCCCAGCGGUCUCGGAUUUCAAGGUCGGCGAUCGUGUCAUGACCGCAUCUUGCGACACUUUUGCGACUUACGUCCGAUUCCCGGCCAAAGGUGCCAUUGCCGUCCCUGAAAAGAUGACUUUCGAGGAGGCGGCGUCGAUGCCCCUCAUCUUCCUCACGGCUUACUACUCCCUGGUCACAGCCGGAAGCCUAGUCAAGGACGAGAAGAUUCUGAUCCAUGCCGCUGCGGGAGGUGUUGGUCAAGCCGCGAUCAUGAUCGCACAACGCAAGGGUGCCGAGAUCUUUGCAACUGUCGGCUCGGACGAAAAGAAGCAGCUCAUCAUGGAGCAGUACGGAAUACCCGAGGAUCACAUCUUCAGUAGUCGUGACACCAGCUUCGCAAAGGCCAUCAUGCGGGCUACCAACGGCCAGGGCGUGGAUGUCGUUCUCAACUCCUUGGCUGGUGAAGCUCUUCGCCUCUCGUGGCACUGCCUCGCCAAAUUUGGUCGUUUCUUGGAGAUUGGCAAGGCCGACCUCUUCGCCAACACGGGUCUCGACAUGAAGCCCUUCCUUGACAACAAGAGCUACAUUGGCGUCAACCUCCUCGAUUUCGAGAAUAAUCCCACUCCUCGCGCAGUCACUCUCUGGGAAGAGACGGCCAAGCUCAUCCACGAUGGCUCCGUCAAGCCAAUUGCGCCGAUCCAGCUCUUCUCCAUGGCCGAGGUUGAGAAGGCCUUCCGCCAUAUGCAGGCCGGCAAGCACAUGGGCAAGGUGGUCGUUCGUGUAGACGAUUCCGACAUGAUUCCUGCCGUUCCUCGUAUGCCGAGUGUGGACAUCCAGGCCGACGCCACCUACGUUGUUGCCGGUGUCGGUGGUAUUUGCAAGGAAAUUGGACGCUGGCUUGCCGAGAAGGGUGCUAAGCAUCUCGUUCUGCUUUCUCGCUCUGCCGCCAGUAGCGAGGAGAACAAGGCUUUUGCCUCUGAGCUUCAGAAGACUUACGAGGCCAACACGUACGCAUAUGAUUGCGAUGUUGGCGACAAGGCUGCUCUCCAAGAGGUGCUGGAGUACUUGGAGGCAAAGGGUGUUCCUGCUGUGAAGGGAUGUGUUACCGGUGCCAUGGUUCUCAGAGUAAGUCCAAGCUCCAACUCCAUCACGAUGAUUCUGUUUGCUAAUGGCUCACAACAGGAUACUCUCUUCGACAAGAUGACUGCGGACCACGUCCGAACAACCGUCGGACCCAAGGUCCACGGUACCUGGAAUCUGCACGAGCUCCUCCCGCGAGACCUCGACUUCUUUGUGAUGCUCAGCUCCCUCGCCGGAGUCAUGGGCCACCGCGGGCAGGGCAACUACGGCUGCGGCAAUAUCUUCCAGGACUACUUCGCGGCGUACCGCCGUAGCCAGGGCCUGCGUGCCAUGACCAUUGACAUCGGCUACCUCCUCAGCGUCGGAUUCGUGGCCGAGCACGACGAGUAUGUAGACCACGUCAAGGCGAUGGGCCUCAAGGUAAUGCACAAAAGCGACCUCCACGGCCUCAUGGCCACGGCGCUCGAGGGCUCCGAAGCGCACCCGCCACAGGUCAUGUGCGGGCUACCCUACAACGAGCACGAUGACGCGUGGUACUGGAUUCAGGACCAGCGGUUCGCCGGCCUCAGGAAGACCGCCGCGGGCUCCGGAGCCGGCGGUUCUGCUACCGUUUCCCUCCGCGACGAGCUGGUUCGCUGUGGCAAGGCGGACGAUGAGGCUGUGCACUUGAUCACCUCUGCUCUUGUGCAGCGUCUGGCCAAAUUGAUGAUGAUGCCCGAGGACGAUGUCGAUGCGGGCAAGCCACUGAGUGCUUAUGGCGUUGACAGUUUGGUUGCUGUUGAGGUUAGGAACUGGAUUGCUAAGGAGGUGGCGGUUGAGGUUAGCGUAUUUGACAUCAUGGCCAACAUCCCCAUGAGGCAGCUGUCGGCAGAUUUGGCUGGGAAGAGCAAGUUGCUGGUUCAAGAAGCUUCAUAGAGUGCAUGUUGAGUUUUUUUAGAUCGCUGGAAAUAGGAGUUCGAGAAAUGUUUGGUUUUAUUUUAUUUCGUACUUUUG